CAGCUGCUCCUGGGAAAAAGGGACACACAUGAGCGUGUUGGCUGCUGGCCCCGCAGUGGCACCUAGGGACAGCUCUGCCGCCUGGGCUUCCUGGGAGGAAGGUGCAGUUGGCUCAAGGGCAGCCUGGCCCUCAGGUCGGAAGGUCACGUGAUGCUGAAUCUCCUCUCAGCCCAGGCUCCCAGGCCCCCAGUGAGUUUGUUGAGCAUCUGUCAUCCCUCCCUCCCCAUUCUCACAAACACCUCCCAGUGACACCUCAGCCCACAGCCUUGCUCUGACAGUGGGAGCAGAGAGUGAGCGACUGCUCACAGGGCUCUGUGACUGCAGGGUUUUGAAGAGAGCGAUGGCAAGAGAGCGCAGACCCUUCCCCCCUGAGCUCCCUGCACGUUUUUGGAACUUGGCACUUUAGCGUCUCCAUUAGUAGGAGAGAGAUGUGGCCGCUGUCCGGUUCCUGUAGCUGCCAGGAGCUCAUGGUGAAGCAGGUGCGGUGGGUCGUGUUGCGGGGUCCACACGUUCCUUGCACCCCCCCGGGGGGCCGGGGGGGCAGGGUUGCCGGAAGAAAUCCAGGAAGCCCAGUUAUGUCUAUGCUUCAGAGAAACAAUGAAUACUUCUUUGGUGCAAGUAUGUCCCAAAUAUUGGGAAUGGGUGUCCUAUAUAUUUAUUUGCUAAAUGUGGCAGCCCUGCCACGCGCAGCUGUGACCCCAAAUGGAAUUGCCGGCUGGAGCCAAGACCCCUCCCACCAGGCUCUGCAACCGCAAGUCUCACAGGGGGUCCUGGACUUUGUAAUCAACACUAAGGUUGUUUCUAACCUGCUUGACCUGAAGCACAACCACACCCCCACCCCGAACUUUACAGAUGGGAGAGAGCAUAACAUCAGCGAUCACCGAAGUGAUUCGAUCUAAGUGUAGAAUUAACGUUGACCUACGUGGCUGCUCUGUGUACAUACGCGUAUUUAUUGAUAAGUACAUGUUUGCAAAGAUGGGUGUGGGACUCCUUCUUGUAAAAACUUGCAGGGCACCCUCUUCCCUCACCCUGCCCGCCAUCUCUGGCAUGUGAACUCUUCCCGUCAAGCGGGUUCUCCUGUGACAGCGGAGGUGUGACGUCACUGGUGCCGCAAGCAGGCCCUGAGGCUGGUCAUGUGCAGAUGCAGGUGUGGGGUUUGGAGGGAUGAGGACGCCUGGGAGAAGAGUCUGAGGCAAAGGAAAAAGAAGAGAUGUGACGAGGCCAGGGGCGCAUUUCAUCCGGGAACUGGGUGUCAUAGGGCCUGUGUUUAACCUUUCCCUUCCUGAGAGCCAGAACGAGGCGGAGACAGUCCAGCGACGAGUCUCACAGGCCAGGGCGUCACCUGGCCAAGCUGACGGCCGUAAACCAGCCCCCGCCGGCCAGUCUUGCAAAGGACGAGGUUCUAGAGACAGGAGACUACGGAGUGGGAGGAAGGCCGUGGACUUCUUUCCCAGGGCAGAGUGGAUCUCCGUUGCCCCCCUGGCCAGCAGGCCCCCUAAUCCACACAAUGGGACUGUGACGGUGGACACUGCUGGGGACCCCCGCACACUUGCUCUCCGUGGAUGAUGGAUGACAACACACUCUCUGAACACCCAGAACCCGUGGAAUUUCUCAACGUCUGUUUGAGCGACAACCUGCAGCCCCACCCAGGAGUACAGCCCAGGGAAACGAGCAGCCGUCCUGACCCGCCUGGACCUUUGCAGGAACUGACCUGGGCGUCGGACCCUUCUGAGUCCACGGGGAGGCGAGAUGCUCAUGCCGGGGGCUCUAGGGCCGAGCCCGAGGGCCUGGGGAGCGGGUCUUCCCAGGGGGGCCCACAGCAGAACCCCAGCUCGUCCACGCAGGUGGUGUUCUGGGCGGGCAUCCUGCAGGCCCAGAUGUGCGUCCUGGACCUGGAGGAGGAGCUGGAGAAGACUGAGGGGCUCCGGGCCGAGCUGAGGUCCUGCAUCCCCACGGCCCCUGUGGACCUCCCCCCGUUCCCCUCCAGCCCGGCGGCCCCCCUGGAUCCGGGCCCCCCCGCCAGCCCUCCCUCAGGGGAGGACAGCAGCAGGCCUGAGGGAGAAAGCCAGACCCAGGUGUCCCCUGGGGAGGGGACGCCAGACUCCUCCCCAGAGUGGGGUGCCGAGGAGGAGAGCCUGUUCUUUGACAACCCCCUCUUCCUGGAAAGCCCUGGCUCAGAGACCAGCGCUCCCAGAGAGCGCUUCUCCUGGGGGCACCCCGACUCCUGUGCUGUCGAGGACGAUGAUGGGAGGCCUGAGAGCCCGCAGACCCUGGAGCCUCCUCUCCUGCUGGGCAGGGUGCCGUGGGGGCUGGGCGAUGAGCCAGACUCCGGGGACAGCACGGCUGAGUCCAGCGGGCACACCACCCCUCCGUUCCCUGUGCCCACCUACAAACCACACUCCUUCUCCUGGGCUGAAUUGGACAGCGCCCAACAGGCUCCCGCAGCACCUCCCUGCUGGGCAGGGAGCGAGACUUCUCUGGCAGGCGGCCUUGGCCCUGCAGCAUCCUCUGUGGACAAGGCACUGACCUGGGACACAGGGCAUGUCAGAUCUGACCCCAGCCCUGCCACCCAUCCUGUGCAUCCUCCGGGCCUCCAGGGCUCAUGGAUACCCUGUGCCUCUCAACAGGCCCUGCCCCGUCCUGAGGGCGGGCAGACAGAGCAGGGCCCUUCCUGGCCCCAGGUGCCUCUUACCUCCCAGGACAGAGGUGACAGAGAUGCCGAGUGUCCCCAGGAGUCUGCUCCCUGCACCCCUGGCCCCCGCCCCUGGUGGGGCCCAGCCUCUUCGCCGGAGCCCAGCAGCCCUGAGUCUGAGAGCAGAGGCCUCGGGCCCAGGCCCAGCCCCGUGUCCUCAUCCUCCUGGGAAGGCAGCCCGCAGCCCCAGGGCUGCCACCCCAGCAGCACCUUCCCCACGUGGACACUAGACGCUUCCCGCCUGGCCCUCCUGGAGACGCAGGUGGCACAGCCACAGUCCUCAGAGACAGAGGAGGCCUCCGAGGCCCCGGACCCAGGGGAGGAGGUGAAGAGUGAGGGUCCUGCGGGCACUGCCCACGCCGGAGCUGUCCAGCCCGAUGCUCACCUGGCUUCCACAGGAGGGCUUCCUGAGAGCCCCGUGCCCCAAGGCAAAUCCCCAGAGGAGGGCCAGGGGCCACAGGCUGCAGACAAGCUGGCCAACGGCGUCAAGACGGACAAGCGGGCCUGGGACCUGGCCUCCCGCCUCUAUCGCCUGGAGGGUUUCCGGAAGUCCGAGGUGGCCGUGCACCUGCGGAAGAACAAUGACUUCAGCAGGGCUGUGGCUCAGGAGUACCUGUCCUUCUUCCAGUUCGGUGGCCAGAGCCUGGACCGGGCCCUUCGGAGCUUCCUCCAGGCGCUGGUGCUCAGCGGGGAGACCCAGGAGCGGGAGCGAGUCCUGUUCCAGUUCUCCAGGCGCUUCCACCACUGCAACCCCGGGCUCUUCUCCUCAGUAGAUUCUGUGCACACCUUGACGUGCGCCAUCAUGCUCCUGAACACGGACCUGCACGGCCAGAACAUUGGGAAGAGCAUGAGCUGCCAGGAAUUCAUAAGCAACCUGAACGGCCUGCAGGACGGCGGGAACUUCCCCAAGGAGCUGCUGAAGGCCCUGUACUGGUCUAUCCGGAGUGAGAAGCUGGAGUGGGCCGUGGACGAAGAAGACGAAGCCAGACCCGAGAAGGCCCGGUCCUCACCACUCGGCGGCAAGAUGAGCAGCCCCUUCCUCCAGCCGGCCCUGGACCCCACGGGGCCCACCUACAAGCAGGGCAUCCUGGCUCGGAAGAUGCAUCACGACGUGGACGGCAAGAAGACGCCAUGGGGCAAGCGUGGCUGGAAGAUGCUCCACACCUUGCUCCGAGGGAUGGUCCUCUACUUCCUGAAGGGAGGGGACCACGGCCCCGAGGGGGAGAGUUUGGUGGGGCAGAUGGUGGACGAGCCCGUGGGGGUGCACCACUCGCUGGCCACGCCGGCCACCCAUUACACCAAGAAGCCACACGUCUUCCAGCUGCGGACUGCCGACUGGCGCCUCUACCUCUUCCAGGCACCCACUGCCAAGGAGAUGAGUUCCUGGAUCGCGCGCAUCAACCUGGCCGCCGCCACGCACUCAGCGCCGCCCUUCCCGGCCGCGGUGGGCUCCCAGCGGAGAUUCGUGCGGCCCAUCCUGCCCGUGGGCCCUGCCCAGAGCUCCCUGGAGGAGCAGCAUCGGUCCCACGAGAACUGCCUGGACGCUGCCUCCGACGACCUGCUGGAUCUGCAGAGGAACUUACCCGAGCGGCGGGGCCGCAGCCGGGAGCUGGAGGAAUACCGCCUGCGGAAGGAGUACCUGGAGCACGAGAAAACCCGCUAUGAGAUGUACGUGCAGCUGCUGAUGACCCGUCUGCACUGCCCCUCGGAUGACCUGGACCUGUGGGAGGAGCAGCUGGGGAGGGAAGCCGCAGGCCCCCAGGAGCCCAAGCCCAGCCUGAAGAAGUCCCACUCCAGCCCCUCCCUGCACCAGGACGAGGCCCCCACCACCGCCAAGGUGAAGCGCAACAUCUCAGAGCGCAGAACCUACCGGAAGAUUAUCCCCAAGCGGAACCGCCAUCAGCUGUGAAGCGUCACUCACAGACUUUGGCCCCUGCUCUGGGGCGGACCUGGGAUGCAACCCUGUGGGAUGGAGGGGAGGACCCUGCUCUGCUGAGGGACAGGCCUCUCUGAGUCUGCCGGAGUACUGCUCUGCCCUGCUCUGCCCUGAGUCAGGUCCUCAGCCACCCUGGUCCCUGGCCACUCCCGGGGGAGGAGAGAGACCAAAGAUUUGGCUCCACUCCCAGAGUUUGUCCCAUGUCACUCUUCACUCCUCCAAAAUCCAGAACGGCCCCUUUUCCUGGGCCUGGGGCAGCUCAGCGCUUGUGGGGGAGGCAGAGCAGAUGGUCCCUGCGCUUCCAGGAGAGAGCCUGGGGCAGCCGAGGCCUCUGGGCGGUGGUCGGUCAGGCCCCGGGGAUAGUCUUGUUUUGGGAAUCAGGUGACCUGCUGCUGGGAGAGGCCCAGGAAGACCCCUCCCCCCCCAAGCCUCCCGUUGCCCAGACCCUGCUCAGGGUGGGGCCACUGUCAGGGGCAGGGCCUUGAAGGUAGGCAGGUGGCAGGGCUCCCGGAGGCUGGCUCUGGGGACUGCACCUUUGUCUCCUCAUCCCUACAGCCGGCCCUGCACCAGGGCCAAUGAGAGUGCCCCACCUCCAUGCCCAAUUGCUAAUCAACAGAGCAGAGCCAAUGGCCCCAAAGCGGUGGGGGCUCCAGGGCUCUGGGGAGCCCUGAACAAGGGGCCUUUGUGUCCCCAGCGCCAGGAAAGAGGCUCAGAUCCCUGGGGAGGCUGAGGAAGAGGUGGUGACACAGCCACUGGGGCUCUCCUAGCAGGAGCUGCCGCUGUGGAAGGGUUGAGAGUCAUGGUGGAGGCCUGGACCCCCUCCCCACACCCCAGCCCUUAAAGCUCCAUUCCCCAGGGGCACCAGGACCCUCUGGGCCCCUGCCCUCCCUGUAUGUCCACUAGAGCUGUCCUCUGGCUACUUUCAGCUGGGCCUGUUCUCAGGGUGGGGCAGGGGGUGGGGAGGGCUCUGGACACCCACGGAUCUGAGGCUGUGCCAGUGGGAAGGAGGCUGGGCUGGGGGAGCAGCCACCAUUGUCUCUGUUCAGCCAAGUGUGCCCACAGGCUGCCCGCCAAGAGGGGCCUCUGCUGCCUGCCUGCCGCCUGCUGGCUGACGCACUGCCUCUCCACCUUCCUGCUGGGCCUCUCCCUCCCAUCCAUGCUUGUAACCAGCCCUGUGGCCUGGAACUCUCCCAAGCUGGGCUGGCCCUGGGGGCCACGAGAGGUUUCUGACCAGGGCCAGGGGCUGAGCCAUGCACCCAAUGGGUGUGCAAUAAAUACAGGCCAAUGAA